AUGAAAGAAACACGAAAGAAAUCGACAAAAACGGACGCAAGAUCAAAUUCAUAUUUUUCCGAUAAAAAUUGGAACUUUAACCAAAUAUUGAUUCUUUUCCAAAACCAUAUUUACUCUUUCCGUUUUCUUCCUGCAUAUUUUCUUUUCUUUUUCUUUUCCUCCUUUGACCACAGUUUCUUUUUUCUUUCUUUAUUCGAUUUCGCUCUCUUUUUUUUCUUUUUUUUCUUCUUUUUCUUUUUCUUUCUUUUUGCACCGUUUUCUUUAUUUUCAUUUUUAUUUCUCAUGACCUUUUUUUCUCUUUAUCACCUUUUCCUUUUCUUUCUCUUAAUCACCUUUUCUUUUGCUUUUCCUUUCAUUACAUCACCGACUCCUUUUCAUUUCUUUUUUUCUUUCUUUUUCUCAAAGUUUAUUCUUCUUUACCCCUUCUUUUUCUUCUCCUUUAACACUGUUUCUUUUUUUCUUCUUUUUUCCUUUCUAUUCAUAACUAUUGCCUUUUCUUUACCAUUUUCCUUUACUUCCCAUUUGUCAACGUUCCUGUUUCUUUUCUUUUCCAGAUUUACUACAUUCCAUUUUCUUUUAAAAAAACAGCCUUUCAAAAAUUUUUUUACUUACACUUCUUUUUCUUCCAAUUUUUCUUCGUUUUAA